CAUCGAUUGUUUGGCAUCGAUUCUCCACCGUAGCAGGCGAUUCGCUUGUGCUCCGUUUCUCGUUUUGUUUGUAGAUUUGACUGUUUUAUUUAUAGUUUUUCAAAGAAGUCGGCAAAAUUACCCAAUUAAAUUGUAAUUAUUAGUCAGGCGUACAAAUUAGAUGUGUGUGCUCCGCGCGAGUCCCAAACGCACCGCAGUGCAUCCCUGUUACAGUUAGUUGUAACCUGAAGAAAAAGCGAGAGAAAGAGAGCGAGAAAGACUCCAAGAAUAAGAAUUCGCCACGCGAAUUACCAAAGACUAGGGGACUCCCAGUUGCAAACGCGCAUUGAUUUAUCCUCCCAUGCCAUCAGUUCACCAUUGGUAACAUGUCGAGCCAUGUGGCGGGUGCUGCCAGUGAUGUCGGUGGCGCCCCAGAGCUUCAGCAGCAGCCGCCUCCAUCCGAGGAGGCCGCUGCUCCACAGCCAGCAACGCCUAAUGCCGCACACGAGCAGGCACAGGGGCAGGUGAAGACGCCUUCGUCCCUGGAGGCCCGUCAUGCUGGACACUCACGGCGCACGGGCGGCGGCCAGGCUCCGUCCAAGAGCCAGACAGGCAACCACGAGUACCAGUACUUCUUCGAGGACGAAGUGUUCCGCAUAGACCGGCGCGGUCGCGUCCAUUUCGGUGUGGUCACCGAAACGGCCGAGUCGUACUCGUCCGACGAGGACGAUGUGCCCGACGAGGUUCUGUCCAAGGGCGAGGUGCGCGUGGCCUUCUACCCAGACGGCAAGGAGAUGGUGCAAACGGAACAGUCGCUUGGACUGGCCGACAGAACCCUUAUGCCGGGCGAUAUAGUCCGCAGGCGUAUGCCCGGCCAGAAGGAUCUCACUGGCCAGGCGGGCUAUGUCCGUGACGUGAACGUGUGCGCGGAUGUCAAGGUGCUGGGUUCCAAGUAUAUCAUCAGGAACGUGCCAGCCGAGCGGCUGCGUCCCAUCUCUGAAUGGUCAAGAGAACUGGCCGUGUGCCUUGGCACCUGGAUAGGCACCACAGUUCAAGUGGACGAAAGUGCGGUCCUCAAAUCCGCUAACGGCGCCCGUCUUGAAAUCACCUCGUUUGAUUUCCACAAAUUCAAAGAUGCCGUGGGCUCCGGCACUACCCGGGAUGUCUUCAAUCCCAAUGUCUAUUAUAGGGGCAACUUGGUGGUCGGUCGCUUGCCUCCCGCCAAUCGCGUCAAGAAUUUGACACCGGAGAUCGCCCUACCUGCCAAUCGAAAGGGGCGUGCCGUGUACACCGUGGAAUCCAUUGACACCUCAUCCAUUACCGUGGCCUGGACCUGCAGGGCCAUUUCGCAGUUCGAGAAUGCCAAAGAUAUUGAUCCACUAAGGCACCCGAAGACCGUCAUUAAAGGCGAAGACCUAACCAAAGUAAAACGCCUCAACAUUUACGAAUCCUAUAUGCUGCAAAUUCACGAUCGAUUCUACCUCAAGUAUUCAAAAUGUGAUAAACUAGUUAAAUACACUGACUGGGAGGAUGCGCAAGCGGUUAAAUACACCUCAAUUUUUAAUCGCCAUCAUAGACCAGAUCUGAUAGGAAGCAAGCUUAACGUUUCGACCACUCCGGUCGCAUCCAGCAGUAGCAACACCCGGAAUCUGCCCAAGUUUCGGCGCCUCGCCAACAAAUUCAGUGGCAUGCGCACGCAACGCCCAGCGGCUGACCAGGACAACGACUCCAACGCCAAUGCCAACACUUCACUUAAAGCUAGUGGGAAUUCAUCUGGAAUAAAGUUUCGAUCAGGUCGCAAUGACGACAUCUGGGAGACCUUGGAGGAUGACGAAGAUGAGGAUGAGCAGGAGCCAGAGUCGCUCCCUGCGGUUUCCGAGAAACUAUCUGGCGAAGCUGCAGAGAUGGCCGCAUCCACUGCCGCUGCCGUUAGUACCACGUCCCAAACACCAAGAACCACCAUGCGCUAUGCCAAGCGGCGGCAUAUGAAAAAGAAGCUGAAGAGUGUGAAGAAAAUGAUCACAUCGCCCUUCGUCAAGAAAGAGAUGAACCCCAAGGAUGGCGAUGAAAUCGUGGUGGAGACGCUGGUCGUUUACAGCACGGUGACGGUUGUCUGGCAGGAUGGGGUGGUCGAGGUGGGCAUUCAUUCCACGCAACUGUAUCCGAUCCAUCAUCUGGACGACCACGAGUUCUUCCCGGGCGAUUUCGUAAGCAAAGCCAAUGAGAAUACCACCGGGACAACAGAUUACGGGGUCAUACAAUGUGUGGACCACGACGAGCGCAUCGCCAAGGUCAAAUGGUUCAAUAUAUACACCAACGUAGAUAAUCCAAUUCCUUUGUGCAAAGAGACGGAGGAGCUGAGUGUAUAUGAUCUCAAGGAUCACUCAGACUACCAGUUCCGACCAGGCACCAUGGUCAUUCGCGUGUCCAACUUCACCGGCGAGGACGUCGAUUCAACUGCUGGCCAGGUGAUUGACAAUUAUCCCGACGGGCGGGUCCGCGUUUGGUGGGCCAAGGGUCACAUCACCAAAUGCUAUCCCCAGGAUCUCUUUGAGAUCAAUCACACCGAUCCAGGAGGCUACGAAUCAGAUGCAUCCGAUGACUCCUGGGAGACGCAAUCGGAAAAUAGUCGCCUUGGUGUCAGCGAAAACAUGUCGUCGUCGACAGACAACGAAGAGCUCAUAAUUGGCAUCGAUCGGGCAAUGGAGGCUUUGAUGCAGCUAAAAAAGAUAUUCCGCAUCCUUCCCGAACGCCGCAAGCCGGAUGUGCUUAAUGACCUGGUGUCCGUGUACUCAAAUUGUCGAUACCUAGACCAUAUGCUGAAGACCCACUUCUUUCAAGAGGAGAACUUUAAGAAUAUCAUCAAGUUCACCAACAAGUGUCUUGAGUGCUCCGUGUCGGAACAUGAUGAGAAAUCAUCUCCCAAGUCAGGGUCCGACUUGCCUGAAACUCCAACCAAUAUUAAGCCUGUUUUGUAUGUUGAGGGUCAGUCCACGUCGACGCCAACGAAGAGAAAGUCAUCAACGGAAUUGGAGGAAGUUCAGUGCAAAAAGAGUACGGAUGAGACUCAUGAAGAUAAUCUAUUCUCCUUUGAGAUGACCAACGAGUACACCGAGCAAGAGAAGGACAUGGUCCCCAACAAGCUCAUUGAUCAAUAUCGCAGCGAAUAUGCUGAAAUGCUGGAGACUUCGCGUGCCAGCAUUGCAAAGGCCUUUGAGAAUCGUGGCAAGAAUGAUUCCGGCGUCCAUUCGCGCGGGGAGAACACCUCGGAUGAUCUAAAUAAUCCUUGCAGCGAUGAAAAGGACAUGGGCGAGGAGCGGCUAAGCGACAGGAAAGCUCUAUGUGACUUUACAAUCGAACUGAUUGACAAUCAAAGUCCUGAUGCGUGCGAGGUUUUCUGGCGUCAGAUCACGGAUCAAAUGAUGAAGUGUCGCAAAUCCCUGGAGGAUUCCCCCAAACUCAAAGCCAAGACCGAUACCUCUGUUAUAGUUAUAUUUGAUGCGGAAGAAGCAGCCACUGAGAUUGCCGACACAGAGAUGAGAUCCGUCGGUACAGAAACAAUGGAUGAAGCCAUGGAGCAGCCCUUGAAUCUAAAUGUCCUGUCCGAGUCGCUGCCGUCUGUGGACAGUCCCAUGGCCUGUUCAUCGCCUUCGCUAGCCAUAGUCUCCGAUCCAACUCCACUCGCUGCCGACGAUUGUUUCCAAGUGCUACCCAAUGCACCAGCUACACACCACUUCUUCGGACACAUGGUGGCCCCCGCCAACAAGGCCUAUUAUCAGCGGGCAGUGCAAAGGGAAUACCGCAUGCUGCAGGCCUCACUGCCGCCCGGCGUGAUGGUACGUGCCUACGAGGAUCGCAUGGACCUAAUGUCGGUCAUGAUGGUGGGUCCGAAGCGUACGCCCUACCAGAAUGCCCUUUUUUUCUUCGACUUCCAAAUGGGCCGCGACUAUCCGAAGAACCCGCCCGUGUGCCACUACAUCAGCUAUUGCACGGCGCGGCUCAACCCGAAUCUGUACGAGGAGGGCAAGGUUUGUGUGUCGCUGCUGGGCACCUGGUCGGGUCGCGACACUGAGGUCUGGUCCCCCAGCAGCACCAUGCUGCAGGUGCUCGUCUCCAUACAGGGUCUCAUACUGGUCGAUGAGCCCUACUAUAACGAGGCGGGCUACGAGAAGCAAAGAGGCACCCAGCUGGGCAAUGAAAACUCUCGCGUCUACAACGAGAUGGCCAUCAUUAAGAUUGCCCGCUCCACGGUCAAGCAGUUGACGAAUCCUCCGCCCAUUUUCCGCAACGAACUGAUUGAGCACUUUAAAGAGUAUGGCGGCGAGCUGUUUGGACGCAUGCAGGCCUGGUCGGAGUACUCGGCGGAGGCGCAGCGUCAGCGCAUAACCAGUAUCAAGGAUAUGCCCGAAGAGUUCAAGGGAACCUGCUGCGAGAUGCCAGAAUUCCCGCUCCUUCCCUGCAGCCGUGGUUUCUGCGUUGUAUUCAAAGGAGUGCUGGCCCAACUGCAGAGCGAGCUAGCAGCUUUGGGGGCAAUUCCGGCGAAGAGUGAACAAAACGGCAUCGAGGCAGCAAUGGCAGCUGCAGCUGGAAUGGGAAUUGCGCCGCGUGCAGCUCCGGAGGAGGUCUAAGUGCCGUUCAUUCUGCCUGUGAAAUUUGGUGCCUAUUUGAAGAACUCAAGACUUUUGCCGCAGCGUUUUAUACCCAAUCUUAAAUGCCGAAUUUUUCUCCACUCGAAUUGUUGGCACAAAGCCAGCCUGUUAGUUAAAUGAAUUUUCUAAAUUUAUUGCUUAUUAUUUUUUCAUGAAAAAAAGAAAACAAAACGGAACAUGUUAAUACGCUUCAUAUAUAUAUUUAUAGCGCUAACAUGCACCGAAUGUAAUCUUGGUAAAUUUUAUUUAUAUUUUAGUUGCAAGCUCAAAAAGUUACCCGAGCAUCUUUGUAUCUAGUGAAUUGUUCCGAUGUCUGUGCCCGAAUCUCUGUUUAUAUUGGCAUUCCACUAGAGCUUAGCUUAGUUAGUCUACCCGUCGUGCCCCCCUUCUGCACAGUGUACGUAAUAGUGUAAGCUAGCCAAUGCGAAUAUGUGAAUAAAUUAGCAAUUUUA